AGCGAAUUGCUGCCUCGUGCAGCGUGUCUGUGUCUCAGACGAGGAAGGGGACACCCACUCCCACUCAGGAUUCCCUUGAAGCUGCUCUCCAGGAAAAUACUCCUCGUCUUCUGGAUAAGAAUCAGCUCCUCUUUUGCUUGUUUGUUUUUUUCCAUUUAUUUUUUAUUUAUUUUAUUAUUUUUCUUUCGUUCGUGUGUUUAUUUUUCUAAGAACGGUGAAAAACACGGGGACAUAAGAAGAAGAAGAACACGCGUGAUCAUAGGAAACAGAGAAGAAACAUCGAUUGAUUGCACAUUUCUUCUUUGGGUUUUUAUAGACCUGUCUUCUUCACACAUGCUGAGAUGCAGGAGGAGGUGUGUGCGGGUAGAAUAAAGGAAGUGCGUCUGUUUGGAUCAAGAUUUAUUUUAUUACUAUUAUUCUUGUUGUGAGCUAAUCGACCUGUGAGUGGACACUUGAGGGCUUUUACAUCUCGAGACUGCGCGUCAGGAUGCAAACUAUAAAAGUUUUGCAUGUCAUUUGUGGUGUAACGCUGGUUUGCUGCAUGCCUUGUCUCCAGUGAACAGCCACAGGUUUUCCCUCUGAGAUCAGACACGCAGCUUUUCCAAAUCCAAAACACCAUCGAGCAGGGUUGAAGUUUGCAGAGUGGCGGAUUUGCUUCUGUAGAAAUCCACAUAUAUAUAUUAUAUAUAUAUAUAUAAACACACCAAGGACAGUGAAAGGGUCUUUGUGUGAGAAACUCUGGAGAGCUGGACUAUAUGAAGAUCGCGACACAGCUGUUGGUUUCCCCUCGCAGAAAUGCCAGUGCGUGCUGUGACCACCAGGUUCAUGUACAAGGGACUUUGCACUAUUCCAGAUGUCCUCACCUACCGGACCCCUGUUCACCUGCCUGAAGACGAGGUGGAAGAGAUACGCGAGGCUUUCAAAGUAUUCGACCGAGAUGGGAACGGCUUUAUCUCAAAGCAGGAGCUGGGGACGGCCAUGCGUUCGCUGGGCUACAUGCCCAACGAGGUGGAGCUGGAGGUUAUCAUCCAAAGACUUGACAUGGACGGUGACGGUCAGGUUGGCUUUGAAGAAUUUGUCACGUUGCUUGGUCCUAAACUCUCCUCUGCUGGGAUGCCUGAUAAGUUCCAUGGAGCAGACUUUGAUUCAGUGUUUUGGAAGUGUGACAUGCAGAAACUGACUGUGGACGAGCUGAAGAGGCUGCUGUACGACACUUUCCGAGACCACCUCACGAUGAAAGACAUCGAGAACAUCAUUAUAACCGAGGAGAGCCACCUGAACAGCCCAGAGUCCCACGUGGACAUCGACACAAGUCCAACACAGCAGGAAAAACACACAUGUGUGCGCAAAAGCCUGAUUUGUGCCUUCGCCAUCGCGUUCAUCAUCAGCGUCAUGCUCAUCGCAGCCAAUCAGAUGCUCCGCAGGGGGAUGAAGUAAGUUUCUGGGUGAUAACAACAAAGCAUAAGGUUGGACUGGGAAAAACCGAAAUGUUGACCUAAAUGCAUUCACUGAAUGUUUUUUUUCGCAACUACUGUCACAGAUUCUCUCUCUACAAAAAAAAUUGAUGUCACGCGGCGGUUCUGUACGACUCCAGCAUACCUUGUUAAAGCAGACCUGUCAAGGGCUGAUGACAGUCAUAUCUCGGAUUCAGAUGUUUUCUAAGAUGUUAGGUAGCAACGCAGGAAGUAGAAGACGCCAGCAAUUCCAGUGUAAAGUGCUGCGUGUGCUGUAGUAAUAGCUGUGCUGUGUCUAAUAUGUCAAAACAGUCAAAAGGAAUACUUCACUGAUUUGCAUUUAGCUUUGUUUUACUAGAAUAGGGGUAGUAUUUUUGAAAAAAUUGUAAAAUUGUGCUUAGAACCUCAGUUUCCCCUGAGGUGAGAAAUAUCUUCAUUUUUUUUCUUUGUUACGUGCCCACCAGUGACACUGUUGCACUGUCCUGUUAGCAUAACUGUUAGCAAAGAUGGCGGACACUGUUUACAUUAGAGAAUAGGUCCCGUCACCCUAUGAGUGGGUCUAAAAAGUGCGGAAUUAGCAUUGCAGUGUCAAGCCUCGCACCAAGGCUCGAAUCAAGUGUCACUGGUGGGCACGUAACAAAGAAAAGAAUGAAGAUAUUUCUCGACUCAGGGGAAACUGAGGUUGGGAAGCACCAUUUUUCAAAAAUACUACCCCUAUUCUAGUCAUACAAAGCUAAAUGCAAAUCGGUGAAGUAUUCCUUUAAUGUUGUUGAUUAGAAUUCUGCAAUUUGGAGUGCACAUAAUAUAACAACAAUAAUAAUAAUAAUAGCAUUGGUUAUAGAAAUAAAACAAUGCAAAAGUGCCCAUGGGGUAAACUUUGAUCACAAGACAGCACACAGUUUGUAUUGUAAAAUUCAACAACUGGAAAAGCAGCAUAGGUUCAUACAAAGUGUUGAACAGAAUGACAAUAAUAAAAGUACAAAAACAAUAAAUCAAUUGUAUCAAUUGUAACAGGCGAGCUCUGGAAAAUUGGAGACAUGAAGUUUGAGGCCCUCAGCCGCGCGCUGUGUUUUACAGGAGACUGUUCCGCAGAAUCCGUGGUGUAUUCCCAAGGAUGUCACAGAUUUCUAAAUUAUUAAUUGGGUUGUGUGUUUUUUGUCUGAUGCUCGGAGUUAGCCCUGGGGUUUCUCUGUAAGUCAAUCUGUUUUCCCAGCUGAAAUGUGAACCGCCGUAAGCUUCAGAUUUAAAUUGAGGUGAACAAUUGACUCCAAAAUUAAACCCCUGACACUGAAGGAAGUGGUACAAUCCCUCUGAGAAAUAUCAAGACAAGAAAGUGUGCAUGUUCUCCUUAACUGGUGAAACGUGUUUCUGUCGGCCAGAUGUAUGAGGUUACGAAAAGGUACGACGCUAAGUCUUUGCAUUUUUACCAGACACCAAAAUGAGUCAUGGCGGUGAUUAGCGGAGUGACCCGACCAACCAGCUGUGAAUAAAUCCAAUCAUAACAUGCGUAGCGUUCCAAUAAAACUUGAUAUUCAGUGUCAUUUCUUUCGCAGGUUAGUAUGGAGGAUAGUCAGCUCACAUAACACACUUGCAUGUAUAUUAAAACCCCAAAAUAAACGUGCGUUCUAUGUGUGCAAGAUCAAGUUUUGAAUUCUUCGGUAUUUAUUCAAAGGAUUAUGCAAUUUGUAUAAGUGUUCAUUGCAAAAAUAAUCUCAGUAUUUGGCAUUCUCCUAUAAAUGUCAAAUUUUGUGGAUGUGUGCAAAAUAUGAAAUACUCUGCUGUGAACAAGUAAUUUAACAUAUCAUGAGAAUGUUGUUUUCUGGCUUUACAUGGACCACCAAAACAACAUAUUGUUUAAAGUACAACAUUGUUAUAUUUUCUUACUUGGGAAAGUGGCACAUUAAAUCUGUGUGGUUUUAUUAUAAAUGUACACAUAAUGUUUUGUAAAAAACAAAGAAAAUAUACUAAAAAAAAUCAGGUUUCUGAUUUAUAAUUUCCAGGAUGCCUGGACACUGCAAGUUUUUGUGUACGCGUAGGAUAUUAUUUUGUCUAAUUUCUUCUGUUU